UUGAAAAUGCUUCAAAAAUAAUCUCCAAGAAACCCAUUCUCUCUCGAUAUUCGACGACCCAGUUCGUCUAAUGGUUCCCUCUUUCAGAAUGAAGCCUCCCUUUCUGCCAUUUUAGGGGGGAAAAGAUCCACACUUCAAUCCAUCUUCCAUGGCGUUCUUCUGUAACUUCAAUCGGGCUAUAAUGUCGUUGCCCCAAUUCACUUGGCUCAUUUAACAUGGUGCUUGUGGAUCAUUCAUCUGGGAUUUUCGUGAUUCGCUCAACCCACGAUUUAAUCGUACGUUUUCAACCCUAAACACUCCCAUCUUCUCUUUCAUUCCUUCCCCAAUCUGAUACGCUUGAUUUUGUCUAGCUUCAUAGAAACCAAGAAAAUGGCUAAUGCUAUGUGCUUGAUCCGGCAAAUGGCUGCGAUCUCGCACCCUCGUAGAAAUCUAUGUAGUUUUCCUGUCCAAAAUACCAAUUUUCCCCUUAUCGCGAAUGAUGUUUGUACCCAAUUUAUUUUCUUCUCUACCGCUCACCCAUAUGAUCACAACGACGACACCGUUCGCGAAAUCUCCACGAUUCUGAAGCUUAGCGAUUGGCAGGUCGUCUUGGACAAUCAGAAUAGUUUGAAGAAGCUAAACCCAGAAAUCGUCCGCUCUGUUUUGCAGAAGAAUGAAAUCAACGACCCUGUACGGCUUCAAAGUUUCUUCUAUUGGUCGAGUUCGAGAAUGGGCACCCCACAAAACUUGCAUUCUUAUUCAAUUCUUGCGAUUCGUCUUUGUAACUCUGGGCUUUUUCCCCGUGCCGAUAACAUGUUUGAGAAAAUGCUUGAGACCCGUAAGCCGCCAUUGGAGAUUUUGGAUUCCUUGGUUAAGUGCUAUAGAGAAUGCGGUGGAUCUAACUUGAUUGUUUUUGAUAUUUUGGUUGAUAACUUUAGGAAGUUUGGUUUUCUGAAUGAGGCCUGUAGUGUUUUUCUAGCUUCCAUUAGUGGUGGGUUCUUUCCCAGCUUGAUAUGCUGUAAUAGUUUGAUGAGGGAUUUGUUGAAGGGUAAAAUGAUGGGAUUGUUUUGGAAGGUGUAUGGUGGUAUGGUGGAGGCCAAGAUAGUCCCUGAUGUUUAUACAUACACCAAUGUGAUCAAUGCACAUUGUAAAGUUGGUGAUGUUAUGAAGGGUAGGAUGGUUCUCUCUGAGAUGGAGGAGAAGGGAUGUAAACCUAAUUUGGUCACCUACAAUGUAGUUAUUGGGGGUCUAUGUCGGACCGGAGAUGUCAAUGAAGCUUUAGAGGUAAAGAAGUUGAUGAUGGAGAAGGGGUUGGUUCCGGAUGGCUUUACUUAUUCUAUACUCAUUGAUGGGUUUUGCAAACAGAAGAGAUCAGAAGAAGCAAAAUUGAUAUUGGAAAGUAUGCUUGGUUCAGGUUUAAAUCCUAACCAUAUUACCUACACUGCUUUGAUUGAUGGGUUCAUGAAACAAGGGAAUAUUGAAGAGGCAUUAAGGAUCAAAGACGAGAUGGUCACUCGGGGACUUAAGUUGAACAUUGUAACUUAUAACACAUUGAUCAGGGGCAUUGCUAAGGCUGGUGAGAUGGAGAAAGCAAUGGCUCUUGUUAAUGAGAUGUUUAUAACUGGCAUAGAAUUGGAUACUCAGACCUACGACUUGUUAAUUGAUGGAUAUUUGAAAUCUCACAAUAAGGACAAAGCUUAUGAGCUACUAGCUGAGAUGAAAGCAAGGAAUUUGAUGCCAUCGUUGUACACUUAUAGCGUGCUUAUUAAUGGUCUAUGUCGUUCCCGUGAGCUGCCAAAGGCUAAUGAAGUUUUGGAGCACAUGAUCAGCCACGGAGUGAAACCGAAUGCUGUUAUAUAUGCUACCCUGAUCAAUGCUAAUGUCCAAGAAAGUAGAUAUGAAGGUGCAAAAGAAGUACUAAAAGGGAUGGUAAAAAAUGGGGUCGUACCGGAUUUAUUUUGCUAUAAUUCUCUUAUAAUUGGUCUUUGCAGGGCAAAAAGGGUGGAAGAAGCUAAAAUGAUGUUUGUUGAAAUGGGUGAGAAAGGAAUAAAGCCCAAUGCAUAUACUUACGGAGCAUUUAUUCAUUUAUAUUGUAAAACAGGUGAAAUCCAAGUAGCAGAGAGGUAUUUCCAAGACAUGUUAUCUUCACGUAUAGUUCCUAACAAUAUAAUCUAUACUGCACUGAUUGAUGGGCAUUGCAAUGUCGGAAACACAGUAGAAGCUUUGUCAACUUUCAAGUGCAUGCUCGAGAAAGGAUUGAUUCCUGAUGUUCAAACAUACGGUGCACUGAUUCACGGUCUCUCCAAGAAUGGGAAAACCGAAGAAGCAAUGGUGGUUUUCUCUGAAUACCUCGACAAGGGCUUGGUGCCGGACGUUUUUAUAUACAACUCUCUUAUAUCUGGUUUCUGCAAGAAAGGUGAAAUUGAGAAGGCAUCCCAACUUUAUGAAGAGAUGCUUCUCAAGGGACCUAAUCCCAACAUUGUCAUAUACAAUACCCUGAUUAACGGACUGUGCAAGCUUGGUGAGAUAAAGGAUGCAAGGGAACUUUUUGACAAAAUUGAAGGAAAAGGUUUGGUCCCUAAUGUUGUGACUUAUUCAAUAAUCAUAGAUGGAUAUUGCAAAUCUGGAAACUUAACUGAGGCGUUUAACCUGUUCGAUGAGAUGAUAUCAAAAGGAGUUCCUCUUGACCGUCACAUCUACUGUAUCCUCAUUGAUGGUUGCUGCAAGCAAGGAAAUUUGGAGAAGGCACUUUCGUUAUUUCACGAAGCACUGCAGAAAAGUGUUGCUUCCCCUUCUGCUUUCAACUCUUUGAUCGAUGGUUUCUGCAAACUGGGAAAGUUGAUUGAAGCUAGGGAGUUGUUCGAUGAUACGGUUGAUAAACAUGUGACACCGAAUAGUGUGACGUACACAAUUCUGGUCGAUGCAUACAGCAAAGCAGAAAUGAUGGAGGAGGCAGAGCAGCUUUUUCUAGAUAUGGGAACUAAAAAUAUCAUGCCAAAUACUCUUACGUAUACUUCUCUUUUACUCGGUUAUAAUCGGAUAGGACACAGAAUUAAGAUGAUUUCUUUGUUCAAGGAUAUGGAAGCUAGGGGAAUUGCUUGUGAUGCAAUUACCUACGGUGUGAUGGCUGAUGUCUACUGCAAGGAAGGAAAUUCUCUUGAAGCCUUAAAGCUGCUCGACAAAAGCUUGGUUGAGGGUAUAAAGUUGGAUGGUGAUGUGUUUGAUGCAUUAAUAUUUCACUUAUGCAAUGAAGGAAAAAAUUCUACUAUGCUGAAGCUACUCGGUGAAAUGGCCGAAAAGAAACUCGCUCUUACCUCUACUACAUGUACUGCUCUGUUGAUUGGUUUUUACAAGGCAGGUAAUGAAGACAAAGCUUUAGAGGUUCUUGACAUUAUGCAAAGGUUGGGGUGGGUUCCAGAUUCUUUAAACGUAGUUGAUUUAGUAAAUGCUAGGAAAAACGAUAUGAAUUCUGAAAGCUUCCCAAGUGAUGCAAUGCAAGUAGGGUCGGUGUAGUCCGAUUCGCACUGUCGUUUGGCUACUAUCUGGCCUGGCAUAAUCUGCAUAUGAUGAUGUGAAAUGUCUGGUCGUAAAAAGGAUGAGCCUCUGUUUUGCAAUGUACGAUCUCUCGCCUUCUGUUUGGUCACCGAAUCGAGAAACUCAAUGCUGAAAUGGAAGGAGAAAAAUCUGCAGGCAACUCGAACUGAACUCGAGUUUUGUUUUCAUUCCUCCUGUAGUUACACCUCAACACUCGUUGCAGGCGUGCAACAAACGACUUCUUCUACUCGAUCUUGGGCAGUCCAUCGAAAAUGGUGACAUGAGAAUUUUGAGCAUUCUAUCUCAAGUAGCAGUUAAAAUGGUCAUCAGAGGGAUUCCAAGUUAGACACUUAAAAUAUAGUACAGAAAGAAGAAAGAACCUAACAUGAAAAGGAAGAAUCUGACAAGAUGAGCCAAAAUUGACCGCCUGCUUCCAUGGAAACCAAAUAAGAAGGCCAUGGAAGAUUUGCAGGCAGGUCAUUUUUGGCUUACCCAAUAAGACCCGACCAUCCAUGGUAGAUCUUCUUCUUCUUCUUCUUCUCUUCCAAACUCAAUUAGUUGCAGAACAUACAGAUUUGCUACUCACACACAUAUAUAUAUGUAGUUGCAUUGCUGACAUUUUGAUAGAAUAUAUUCAAUUUUUUGGGUUGCAUGGUUGACUCAACCAGCUAGCUAGAAAUCUUGUUCUUACUGUUAUUCCUUUUUGUAAAGUCAACUGUAGUGGACGAUUUUGGUCCCUCAAUCAAUUCUGUUUUCUGACAGCUC